AUGGGGGAGAAUGAAAUUGCUUGGAUAAAACGGCAUGCUUCUCCCCGAAUAAACGCUUAUAUCUCUCUAAAAGACCCAGAGUUACCUGGUCAUGCUCUUGACCUUCUGUCUAAAUACUUGGAUGCCGCACCUUACCUUAUACCCCGUGACCCAGCCUCAUGUGCAAACAUCCUCUGGCAUCCAGAUCUGCAUCUGGACAACGUCUUCGUUGAUCCAACGACUUGUAAAAUCACAGGCAUAGUCGACUGGCAGGGUGCGAGCAUAGCACCUCUCUUCUACCAAUCCUGCAUACCUCGCAUGUUCAGACAUGAUGGCCCCGUUCGUGAGGGAUGGAUUGUCCCAUCACGUCCGGAAAACUUUGACACUUUAACGCCGGAGGAACAAAGCCAGCUUGACCGGGACCUUGAAAAGGAAACUGUCCACAAAUAUUACGAGGCAAUGGUGUACAAGCAUUCCCCCCACCACUGGGAAGUGUUGAAAGACAUGAGAUCUAUACAGCGCAAACGAAGCCCUACCAGUCUCGUCACCGGGGUCUGGGAGAAUCGUGACCUAUUCUUCCUGCGUCAAAGCUUGAUUGCCAUCGAAGCUCUAUGGGAUAAGCUACGGCCAGAUGAGACAGUUGAGUCUCCAAUCUCUUUCAAAAGAGAAGAGUUAGAUCUUCAUAUGAAGGAAGAUGAAAAUAUCUCUGGUGUUGGGAGUAUGCUAAAACUCUUUCGUGACCAGGGGGUUCUUCCUGAUGAUGGGAUGGUAGACAUAGAGGACUAUGACACUGCAAAGGCUAAUUGCCAGAAGUUCAAAGAUAUAUUCAUCGGAACUGCGAGGGAUGAACAGGAAAGGGAGCUCUUCUCUAAGUUGUGGCCAUAUCAGGACAAUGAAUAG